CACCACGCUGGAAGAUGCAUCAUGGGAAACAUAGUUCAAGUGGACGCCGGGCUAAUUCUGAGACUAUUCACUCGUUCGAAUUGUAUUUUCCCUCGGAUUUAUACUCAAAGCAGCAAGUUUGACUUUUCGUAGUUGCAGCGGUUGACAUUUUAUCCCAAACAACGGCCACAAAUCUAUGUAAUAAGGAACCGCUGUUCGGUCAGUAAGUACUCCGCUCUGCCGCAGUGUGGCGCCGCCAUCUUGUAACAGCCCGCUGGCCAGUGGAAGCCCAAAAAUCUGCUCUCUCGCCCCUCUCAUAUCUCGGCUGGGUGGCUCUCGGCGGCGGUCGGGUGACGACUGCAUGCUGUCCUUCGGCGAACACCGAGCUGUUACGGUAGCGGCCAUACGGGGAAUCGCUCGCCUGGGAAGGGCUUAUGUUCUACGGCUAGAAAUCGACGAAUUAUUCCAAAACCAUGGGCGUGGAAGUCGAGACAAUAUCUCCCGGUGAUGGAAGCACAUUUCCAAAGAAGGGUCAGACGUGUGUGGUUCAUUACAUAGGUAUGCUGCAGAACGGCAAAAAGUUCGACUCGUCCCGAGACAGAAACAAGCCCUUUAAGUUCAAGAUCGGACGCAACGAGGUGAUCAAAGGCUGGGAGGAAGGCGUGGCCCAGAUGAGCCUGGGCCAAAGGGUGAAGCUCACCUGCACGCCGGAUGUCGCCUACGGCCUCACGGGCCACCCCGGCGUCAUCCCUCCCAACGCCACCCUGGUUUUCGACGUGGAACUACUCAAACUGGAGUGAACGGAAAAAAAAAAAGUUGUGCGGAGGAACCCGGUUGAUGCGCUAACUUGCCCCCCAACGUCAUCCCUCUCUUGUUCCAUUCACGAUCUCAAUGCAUCAAAAGUCAUUCUAUAUACUGCAAUCAAAACACUCACUGCCUUACAGUGUUAGCAACAGAGCAUAAGCACAUUAAAAACAUAAAGCCCCUACGUCUUGACUGGGUAUUUUCUAUACAAACGCAACCCUUACAUACACUACUGACCUGAUUGCAUCGACACUUUAAUCAGGGUUUGUCCUGCUGAAAGCCGCCCCACCCCAAAACAUUGCCAUAACUAUGUAUUUGUAACCCUCUCUCCCAAUUAAAAGCAUUUACUGCACGUAUGUUUUCCUGAGUCAACCCGGUCCGAUGGCGUACAGAACUGUUGCUGCUUAUCAUUUUGUUGAUUAACCCUAAAAUUAAAAUAUGGCAUGUUAAUUACA